AUGUCCUUCAAUGAGGUGCUUUUCCUCCAAUGGCUCCUUCUCGACAACGCCAUCUCCAUUUCUAGGUUUGACACGACGGCACCACUUGUCCAGUUUCAUGCCAUUCCGCGUUCACUUCGACAGAAAGUAGGUUUCGUUCAGCAGACCCCCGAUGCUACUCAGGCUGAUCGUCUCCUGCGCAGAUCAAGUAAGCCGCCAAGCCCUCAUGCGCUUGAAGCAGCUUUUAAUGAGACCGUUACAUGGGUGGAUGAAUUUGUAAAUAUUGGCGAAAAAACUGGUGAAAUUUCACGGGUCAACAGGGAGAACGAGCUUCCCGAGUAUUUCAGGUUCAUAGAAGACGACCUCCGGCCAUGGAGGGAGAGAGGCGGCAUCCCACAGGAGGCGCUCGCUAACGCACGCGCCGUAGGAGCAUCCUUCCGUGUGCUUAUUGUGAACGGCCAACUCUUUGUGGAGCACUACGCGCUACCCUCCCUGCCCAGCUUCUUCUCCCCAUGCCGCUGA